AUGGACUCGGACAUCGCAGACGACCUCAGCCAACUGAACAUCAGAGACAUUCUCAAUGCAGACUCUCGCCCAACUUUUAUUAUUGACCUAGACCCGGACGAUGACACGCCGCUGCGCUCAAGGCCCAUUCGUCCUGUUUUUGCAAACACCGCCCUCACCACCCAUGAACGCCUUUUGGACGCUGUGCGCGGCGAGGAAACCGCCGAUGUCGCCCAUGAACAGGCCGAUGCUGUUUCUUACUCUGACUUCAAAAACUGGGCGACAGGUGUAACCACGCAAGACGAUUCUAAAGAUGUUUUCCCGCUUUUCUUUCUCUUCAACGGCCUGCUGUGGACUGGCUCGACUAUCGCCAAGAGAUGGAGAUUGAUCAGUGGCAAUCGGUUAUGGCAGCAUACCGCUCCCUCAACAGAAUUGUCAUCCAGCGCAAUCUCCCGAGCGGGCACGCCCACUCCUAAGGGUCAAGACGCCCCCAAUCACGACAUCCCUAGGGAACCAAAGCAGGAAGCGCAGCCAAAAGGCGACACCCGCCACGCCACUGAAGAUACUGUGCACGAAGCGACACCUACAGAAGCAACCCUGGUAGCAUCCACGACGCCGCGAAGAUCAUUCAGACACUUCUGGCGUAACGGAACAUCCAAAGGCAGCUCAGAUCGUAUUACUGGUAGCUCGGGUAGUGCAUCAAUUGUACUAGGCAAACCCGAAAAAGCAGUCGCCGACUGGACCCUUCCAAACCCCAUCGGUAUCUUGUCGCCUUACAUACAACUUCUUAGAGACAUUGACUGGUCUUCCACCCCGCUGGGGCCUAUGGAAUCAUGGUCGCCGGAGCUGCGCCAAGUCGCAAACCUAGUCAUCAACAACCCACAUCCAGCAAAUAUCUUUUGGGGUAGCGACAUGACUAUGCUCUACAACGAGCCUUACGCCAUCAGCUUUGCUGGCAACAAGCAUCCAACGAUGCUGGGAACUGGUGCAUCCGGCCCUUGGUCAGAAGCCUGGGAUGUGCUUGGUCCGGCAUUUGCUGAAGUUGUGAGGACCGGUACAAGUUUCCGAAGCGAUAAUAAUCAGUUGGCUUUGUAUAGAAGAGGGUUCCUGGAAGAGACACACACCUGCUGGUCGCUUACACCACUGUACGGCGGUACCAACCGCAUCGUCGGUUUCUACAACGCCCCAUUCGAAACCACCGAUCUUGUCUUGAGCCAGCGACGAAUGGCAACUAUCAACAGAGUCGGUGAAUCACUACGGAAAGCAACUACUAUCAAGAGUUUCUGGAAAAGGGUAUUGGAUGGUCUUGAAGAUAACCACCGCGAGGUUCCUUUUGCCCUGGUUUACUCUGUCGGAGAGGCUGAAGAGGCAGACCACCAGUCUAUUUCCUCUGUGAGUACUAUCUCGAGCAAGUCUUGCUUCCUGGAAGGGGCAAUUGGUAUACCAGAAGGACACCCCGCUGCACCUCAUCAGAUUGACCUCAAGCGGAGCUACCAAGGAUUCGUCCCGUCCUUCCGAGAGGCAAUUCGAACACGAGAGCCAACCCUUGUUCGACUCCGAGACGGCACACUACCCGAAGAUCUUCUACAGGGAAUUACAUGGCGAGGCUUCGACGAACCCGGUACAGAAGCAAUCAUAUUCCCCUUGCGACCUACAAAUGGUGAAAACGUGCUGGCGUUCCUCGUACUUGGUGUGAAUCCCCAGAGGCCGUAUGAUGAAGGAUAUAUCUCAUUCGCUACACUCCUAAACAACCAGCUUGCGGCAUCCCUGGCAUCUAUCAUUUUAUUCGAGGAAGAGACCCGGCGCAGUCGAGACGCGGCUGAAGCUGCGGCUCUGGAGAAGGAAGAACUAACCCAGCAGAUCAACCUUCAAGCAAGUCGUCUUCGCAGGAUGACGGAGAUGUCACCACUUGGCAUGUUUCUUACCAGCCCAGAGGGUAUCUUGCGAGAGGCAAAUGAUCGAUUUUACGAGAUGACAGAGCACACAAGAGAUAACAACGUCGACAUAGCUUGGGUAGAUUUAUUAGGAAGCCCGGGAAGUAUAAUGAAGCAGGGAUGGGAACGUCUAACGCAAGAACUGCAGCCGUGGUCUGGAGAAGUCAAGUUGAGACAGGGAACUGAGGAUCCUGUCAACUUCCCGGGCGAAUCAAUCGACCUCUGGGUUUUAGUCACAGCACAUCCCGAGCUGUCAUCUACAGGCGCUUUACGGUCCAUCAUGGGGUCCAUAACAGACAUUUCGCACCUUAAAUGGGCCCAAGGUCUGCAGAAUCGUCGAUUGCAGGAAACAGAGGAGACACGGAGACAGCAAAACGAAUUUAUCGACAUCACGUCACACGAGAUGAGGAAUCCUCUCAGUGCAAUUCUGCAAUGCGCAGAUGAUAUCACAUCGGCAAUGCAGGAAGCGCUUUCCAACGGUACGAAUGUCUCACGCGAAGUCAUGGAAUCGUGUCUUGAUGGCUCACAAACAAUCGCGUUGUGUGUCCAGCACCAAAGGCUAAUCGUGGAUGACAUCUUGACUGUCUCCAAGCUUGACUCCAAUCUACUUCUCAUUACCCCCGUCGUAUGUCAACCACAAACGAUAGUAGAUAGAGUUGUGAAGAUGUUUGAGUCGGAAAUGCUCGCCAAGGAUAUUACACUGCAGAUCGAAAUCUACCCAGAGUUCGAGGAGCUUGCUGUCGACUGGGUUGCCAUGGAUCCGAGUCGAGUUCUUCAGAUUCUCAUCAACCUUGUGACAAACGCCAUCAAGUUCACGGCACCGCGCUCAACGCGUAAGAUCAAAGUCGGUGUGGGCGUGUCGAAAGACCCACCUGAAAUCACAAACAUUCCUGGCUUCGCAUUUGCGCCCACAAGGGCUGAGAUAGGCAAUGUUGUGUCUGCGGAUGAAUGGGGAACGGGAGAAGCUUUGUUUGUGCGAUACAGGGUGCAGGACACCGGCUGUGGAUUAUCUGACAACGAGAGGCAACUUCUAUUCCAACGUUUCAAACAAGCAACUCCCAGAACACAUGCUGAGUUCGGUGGAAGCGGGCUUGGUCUAUUUAUCUCGAAGCGUCUCGCUGAGUUGCAUGGAGGUCGUAUAGGAGUGGCUUCUGUUGCUGGAAAGGGGAGCGACUUUGGCUUCUAUGUUCAGGCGAGGCGAUCUGCGCCUCCAAACUCCAGAGAAUUGCGCCAGCCUCCAUUGGUGGACACAAAUGGGUCCACCAAGAAGGAAGCCCAGCCUCUGGCUCAAAGCUCUGACGUCCCGACUGGAAGAAAGGCGGAGACAUCGAGCCAAAUGUUCGACCCACAAGCGUUGACCAUCCACGUUGUGGAAGACAAUCUCAUUAACCAAAAGGUCUUGGUCAACCAACUUCGAAAAGCCGGCUGCACGGUCAGCGCCACCAACGAUGGAUUGGAAGCCCUGGAGUUCCUCAAAAAGACACAUUUUUGCAAAGAAAAUGGAUCAAAGCUAUCCGUGAUUCUGAUGGAUCUUGAGAUGCCCAGGAUGGAUGGCUUAGAGUGCGUGAGCGAGAUUAGAAAGAUGCAGAAGCAAGGGCUCAUUAAGGAGCAUGUACCCGUUAUUGCAGUUACGGCCAAUGUGAGAGAUGAACAGAUUAGAACGGCGCUACAGAGCGGCAUGGACGAUGUGGUGUCCAAGCCGUUCAGGAUACCAGAGGUGCUGAGCAAGAUAGAGCUACUGCUAAAGUAG